UCCAAAAGAAGUUCUCGCUCGUUCUCGCUUGCUCGCUCGCUACACGUGCAUUGCAGUUAUCGCGAUAACUUCUCGCCGGAUUUGUAUGGGAUGACGUUUGUUUGCGAAGUUCUCGUCGAGAAAUUCUCCAACAUUCGUCAUCGUCUGGACACGGUUUUAGCUUUAUUUUGUGCCUGUUCCGGGCUUUUCCAACUGUUUUUGGCGGUGGUAAACAUUUCAAAAAUUUACGGAAUCCCGGGGGCCACGAUCGCAUCCACCGACUCUGUGGCCUUUAUCGAAAUUAACGCGCGUGAUGCAAAAACUCCGCGCCUGCUGUGUGCCCUGCUGCAACCGGGAAAAGCAGGAGCUUGUUCAUAAAUUCCCGGCCGAUAACGAACGGGCCGAGCAAUGGGUAAAGAUACUGAAUGUGGCCGAUUUCGAGGGCCUACCGAUCGAUAACAUCCGGAAACGGUUCUUCGUCUGUACACGCCACUUCCGUGAUUCGGACUACAAAAACAAAGCUUCCCGCUGUAUAAACAUAACCGCAGUGCCGUCGUUAAAUCUGAAAGAGCUGACCGAUGCCGAGGGUCUCCAGCGGAUACCGCCGGUUGUGCGUCCGGAGAUUGUCCACCAGCUACCCCACCGCACCAGCUACCCCACCGCCGUGGCCGCCAGCACGAUUCGGACAUCCUUGGUAACCAGCCAGCUCGUAAAGAUCAAAAGCGUUACUACGGCCAACGCGCUAUCAAAGAAGGCUAUAAGAAGUGGGUUGGAUGAGGAAGACGAUACGAACGCCCAUCAUGAGCGGCUGGAUGAGUUCAUGGACGAUCCAUUUCCCACAAAAUCCCCAUUACCGGCAUCUGCUGCGGCACCAAGCACAACAGGAGUAUGGAGGAGUACGCGAAGGCAAUCGCCAACCGAUACACCGGCAGCGAAGAUGCCCAAGCUCAUCUCGCAGCCCCAGACGAAGCCAAAAGAACCGAUCGUGCUGCAACGCGUGAAGAUGGUGCCACCGAUGGCGGUUAGGAAGAGUGCGGCCAUCUCCAAGAUGACGCAAACCGAAAUGGAGGACGACCAGCAUCAGGCUGCUGAUAAGCAGAGCGACAAGAACGAAGGCGACCAAUCGGCCACCAUCAGCACGACCAAAGUGCUGGCGCUGCUCGAGUGUACCCCAGAGAAUUUGCAAAAGUUGCGGCGAAGGCUGGAGGAGCAGGGUGGCAUCCUCGACCUCAAUGAGCGAUUAUGGCAAACGUUGGAAGAUGAAACGGAAGAUGAUAAUGCCAUGGGUGCCGCAAAAGACACCGAUUCUACCCAGUUUCUAACGAUCAAGAGCGCGGCUACAGACGAAACGGUGCGCGUUAGCUACGUGUGGUUGCGUGAUCACUGUCGCUGCCGGGAAUGCUACAACGAAGCAACCUAUCAGCGAUCGUACUCGAUUCUGGAUCUCCCACUGGAUAUACAACCGCUUACGACCCACAUCAAUGAUCAAGAGAUCAUAAUAACGUGGAACGAUGGCCACCAAUCGUCGUAUAAUGUGGAGGAAAUCUUGGAGAACCGUAUCGAGGCGUACCAAAAAUGCCAGGAAGAACGGCGAGCGCAGAUGAUACUUUGGGAUCGCGAUGUCAUUACCGCCAAGCCUGUGGGCUAUGCCAGUGUUACGCUGAACGAUCUGCUAUGCGAGGAUGAGAUGAUGAAUCGUAUCGUAGCAAGUUUGGUGACGUACGGGUUUGCUUUCAUCACGAAGGUGCCGCCCAAUCAGCAGAGCACGGAAAUGGCCGUUAAGCGGCUGUUCCCGAUCCAGAAAACGUUGUUCGGUGAAAUGUGGACCUUCAGCGAGAGCAAGAUGGAUCACAGUGAUACGGCAUACACGAAUGGGUACCUCGGGCCACACAACGACAAUACGUACUUUAGUGAUGCGGCUGGUUUGCAGGUGCUGCACUGUAUCCAAUUCAACGGAGAGGGCGCCGAGACGAUGCUAGUGGAUGGCUUUCGGGCAGCAGAGCGGAUGCGGGAAGCCGAUGUGCAUGCCUUUGAGCGAUUGUGCUCGUAUCCGCUUGAGGCGGAGUAUAUCGAGGAAGAUAAACAUCAUCGACACGUGGCUCCGGUCAUACGAUGUAACAGCAUAACCCAAACCGUUGAACAGAUACGCUUCAAUCCGGCUGAUCGUGCUGCACUGAAAAGCAUUCCCUCGGAAUCCGUGCCCCAGUUCUAUGCCGAUUAUCAGCGGUUUGCGCGAGAGGUAUACAGCAAGGAACUGGAGUGGAAGUUUCAGCUCACACCCGGCACCGUACUCAUCUUCGACAAUUGGCGCUUACUACACGGACGGAUGGCUUACCGUGGGAAGCGCGUCAUGACGGGUUGCUACGUGGCACGCACCGAGUACCAAAGUGUGGCCCGAAAGAUGGGAUUAAUCGAGUAGUAGCCCUAGCGGAGAAGCAAUCUUAUUCUUAAAAUAAAGAAUACUUUUUUUUAUUGAAAA